GGGCGGUCUCAGGCGGGGCAGCCAGAGCCGCGGCAUGGAGGGGCAGCGGGCGGCCGGGGCCAGGCUGGUGGCUGCCUUCGAGGCGCCCAGGUCACCAGAACCCCACAGAACUGCUGGCAAGGAUCGGAUCCAUCCCCAGACAAAACCCAGAGCACCCCCGCCAUUGCCACCCAUGGCAGAGGGGAAAGCUUCAACCAAGACAGGAAAGUGUGGAGCAGAGCAGGAACACCAGCCAGAGGGACAUCAGCUCCCCCCAAGGGCUCUCCAGCCACCUCAGGACAUGACAGUGAUUCCACAGCUGCCUCAGGCUCAGAAAGGGCUCAGCAUCAAGUGCCUCAGGUCCUUCCGGAACAAGAUUACGGGGGACAGCUGGAGGAGGCAGCAGAGUGUGGAGUCCCAGCCAGGCAGCGAGUUGGGCUCUGAAGGCGACAAGAACCAGGACCCAGAAGAAAAGAAAAUUGCAUUGGAGCUGCUGGAAACAGAGCAAGCCUACGUCAGUCGGCUUCAUCUCCUCGACCAGGUGUUUUUUACAGAGCUGAUGAAGGAGGCCAGAAGUGGGAAGUCAGUCCCAGAGGAUGUGGUAAAAAUGAUCUUCUCCAACAUCUCCUCCAUUUACCAAUUCCAUGCCCUGUUCUUUCUGCCAGAGCUGCAGAAACGCAUGGCAGAGUGGAGCUCCAACCCCCGCAUCGGGGAUGUCAUCCAGAAGCUAGCGCCAUUCCUCAAGAUGUACGGCGAGUACGUCAAGAACUUCGACAAGGCGGUGGAGCUGAUCGCUACAUGGUCAGAGAAGUCCCCGCCGUUCCAGGAGCUAAUUGCAGACAUUCAGAAACGGGAAGUGUGUGCUAGCCUAACCCUGCAGCACCACAUGCUGGAGCCAGUGCAGAGGAUCCCACGCUACGAGCUCUUGCUAAAGGAGUAUGUCCGAAAAUUACCUCCCGAGUCACCAGACAGGGCUGAUGCAGAGAAAGCCCUGGAAAUGAUUUUCUCUGCAGCCAAACAUUCAAAUGCAGCCAUUGCGGAAAUGGAACGUCUCCAGAACCUCUGGGAGGUGUAUCAGAGACUGGGACUGGAAGACGAUAUUGUUGACCCUUCCAAUGAGCUCAUUAAAGAGGGGCCCAUCCACAAAAUCUCCUUCCGUAAUAACACCACAUCAGACAAGUAUCUCUUCCUGUUCAACAACAUGUUGCUGUACUGCGUGCAGAAGGUCAUCCAGGUUGGGGCUGAAUUCCAGGUACACGUGCGGAUCGACGUGGACGGCAUGAAGAUCCGGGCAUUGAACGAUGCAGAAUUCCCCCACACCUUUCUGGUCUCUGGGAAGCAGCGGACACUGGAAUUGCAAGCCAGGUCGCGAGAGGAGAUGAAUGCCUGGAUAAAGGCCUUCCAGGACGCCAUUGACAAGAAUGAAAAGCGGAAUGAAAGCUUCAAGACGGCAGUUCAUGGACUCGACGUGGAGGCCCAGGACUUCAGUUACAAGACAGAGGAGCUGGGCCGGCGAGCCCCGCAGUGGGUGCGGGACAAGCUGGUGACCAUGUGCAUGCGCUGCAAGGAGCCGUUCAACGCUAUCACACGCAGGAGGCACCACUGCCGGGCCUGUGGCUAUGUGGUGUGUGGUCGGUGUUCUGACUACAAAGCUGAGCUUCAGUAUGACCCGAAUCGCCUACAUCGCGUCUGCCAGGAGUGUUACGUCUUUCUGACGGGGCACCUGCUGCCUGAGGAGCGGGAGGGGAAGCAGAAGGGCAUCCUGGAGAAAGAAUCUGCAGAAAUCUCUGGGCACAGCCUGAUGUGCAGCUUCUUGCAGCUGGUGGACAGGAGUGGGAAGGGCAUGCGGGGCUGGUUUGUGAUCCCACGGGACGACCCCCUUGUGCUGUACAUUUAUGCAGCCCCUCAGGAUGUCAAGGCUCACACCUCCAUCCCCCUGCUGGGCUACCAGGUGAAAGACCUGUCCCAGGGCGACUCGCGCCACCUCUUUCAGCUGACCCAGUCCAAGCAGUCCUACAUGCUGGCAGCUGAGACAGAGGAGCUGAAGCAGCGAUGGAUGCAAAUCAUAAAACAGUCAGCCAGAGGUAACACUUGGGCUCUUGGCGAGGAUGAGGAGGAUGAUGACUCGUUUGAUGAAGUGGAGUGACUGAAGCUUUUGGGAGUCAUGUUAUGAACUAAUGACUUCUUCUGAUACUGUCCCUAGAUGCCUCCUGUCCUUCACUCCAAAGUGCAAGGCUGUCUAGUGGUUAUAGCAAGGGGGUGGAAGCUCCAGAGACCUAGGUGUUCCCCCUGCCCCCACACACACCUACAACUUGUGCUGUAACCUUGGACAAGUCACUUGAGCCUUCUGUGCCAUGCCCCCCACCCUCCUGCCUCUAGACCAAAGGUUGGCAACCUCCAGCCUACAGGCUAGAUCUGGCUCAUGAGGUUGGAUCCAGCCUUUGAAGAUCCAGAUUGCCCUAGGGCAUUGCAGGGGAUCAGGCGGCCCACAGCUGUGCCAAGCUGCCCACCCCCUCUGUAGCAUCCUCUCUCCUUCCCUGCUGCUCUCAUGUUUGCAUUUCCCCCCUGCACGGGCUGGGGAGCAGUGGUGAAAGCAAGCUUGGGAGCUCUGGGAGGCAGAGAUUUGCAGUCCGUGGCAGGGAGCCAGGUCUUGGGCUGUGGCCUACAGUGGCCAAAGGUUGCCAAGCCCUGUCGUGCUCCAUGGGAACACUGAAAUGUGUGUACAUUGCUUUGAAGUUUAUCCCAGGCAGAGCUAGUGCAACCUCUGCCACCAUCCCAUGCUGUCUUCGCUGUCUCUAGGCACAGAACAAGCCUUGCAAAGCCUGGAGUUCAUGAAAAAUAUUUGGCCAUUUAACUGUGAGGAGUUCUCUCUUGUUUACUGCUUUUGUCCUUAGAUGCAGCCUGGAGCUGUCUGGCACAAAUGGAAGAUGGGAGUCAGGGCUGGAGCUGGGUUUGGGGUCAGAAGGUGCGGGGAAAGUGCUAUUUGCAGUCUAGGUUGGGCUGGUGGGAUAUAGAUCCCCAAAGCAACACUGGUCAGUCCUGGGGCUUGUGUAGGGGAGGAGAGGGGCAAAGGGAUGUGGGGGAAGCAGACCUGGAGGCUGUGUCAGUGGAGGUGCAGCCUAAAGAGGGGAAGAGACUGGAUGCACAGCUGGAGGAGGAGGGAGUGAAGAGAGAUGGGGCAAAGGGGAGUGUCAGAAGGUUCCCCUGUCUGCUGCUUAACACGGCCACCACCUUGCACCGCUUGCUUUGGGGUGGAGUAGGUGGGUGCUGCUCCGGCCGGGUGGCGCCAGGGGGCACUGACACCCAGCUGUUCUGCUCCACCUGGCUCCUGUCCACACUGCCUUGUGCUUUAUUGGCGGGGGCUUAAACUUUGUUAAUGUGGCCUUGUGAUCAAUCUGGAUACACUGGGUCCAUCACUGAAAUACAGAGGUUUGUUGAAGCCUUUAUCUUACCAGUUGCUUUCUUGGUGAGCUUUCUGAGCUCGGUCAGGUGCUGUUCCCAUGCUGCUCCGUCAUGCUAUCCAUAGCACAGGCAAUUGCUUUCAACAAC